CCCCCCCCCCCCCUCCCCCCCACCUGUGUCUGUAAAUAGCUAGAUUUACAUUCGAGCCCGAAUCUAAACAAGUUUCGUGGAUAAAAACAUCAUCCCCUUUUGCUACAGAUAAAUAAGUAUAGGGCGAAAGCACAUCCUGAAAGCUAAAGCCCGAGGUUUGGAAUCAAGCAUGAGACUCCCAGCCCUGGGAUAAGUGGGGCUAGCUGCUCUGGGCCCUAGUAAGAGGGUCACUAACAUGGGUUCGAGUGAAACCAUGACCUGAAAUUUUCUUGGUCAUCAGCAAGAAUACAACCCUACAGUGUUCAUCGUUAUCAUAUUACAUAAGCUUAGAGCUAUACCUCGUCUGGGAAAAAGGGGUUCUCAGACAAUGUGGGUGCGGAAAUCCGAUGUACUCCGCCCGGAAAGAUGUGUCCAGUCGCGUGCAUGGUUUGACUCAGUACUCGUGUUACUCCGCCACCAUGUAUUUCUGCAGCAACCGGUUUCGGAACUAAACCUGGUUUUCUCUCGAUCCCUGAACGCCCAAUGGCUGCCUGGUACAGGAUUCAGAUUCGUAUCAUUCACCAGGUAUUUACGAUUCUCUUCUUCGAGUGGGUAUGUUUCAUAGCUAGGACGAUACGUAUAGAAAACGGUGUACCGUGCCAACGCGCGGCUAUCCUUGCAUCGAACGUCUGAGUUUGAAUCGUGCACGGCUUUCGGUAAAACAGCACUACACGGGGUGAUGCAUUUCACACGGAGCGAUGCAUCUCAUAAUUCUGGGACAUUUGCAAAGACCUUAGUUGUGAUCAAGAGCGCCGUAUUUACAACAGAUAUCACCGGAGAUAAAAACACAGGUAGCAAGAGUUGGAGUUACUGGGACUCUAGGAACUGCAUUAUUUAAUUUCUUUUUUUUUUCAAUCUAGGAAACCUUCGAUCAAC